CAACACUAUGACUGAAUAGGUUUUGGUUGGAUGUGAUGGAGUAAACUCAGUGGUUUCAAAAUGGCUGGGCUUCAAGCCGCCGGUCUUUACAGUAAGAUCUGCCGUUCGAGGUAGUGCUGAGUUCAAGAGCAGCCAUGAGUUUGAUCCCAUGUUCAUGCAGUACUUUGGGAACGGUGUCAGAUCUGGUGUAGUUCCUUGUGAUGAUAAAAAUGUUUACUGGUACUUCACUUGGUCUCCCUCCAGCCAAGAGAAAGAGCUAGAAGAAAACCCAGCUCAGUUGAAGCAAUAUGUGUUAAGCAAGCUCGGAAAGGUAUCAGAUGAAGUACGGGCCGUUGUGGAAAACACCGAUUUGGAUGCUUUUAUAUCCUCUCCAUUGAGAUAUAGGCAUCCUUGGGAACUUAUUUGGGGAAAUAUUAGCAAAGGUAAUGUAUGUGUAGCCGGAGACGCGCUCCACCCCAUGACCCCAGACAUUGGACAAGGUGGCUGUGCUGCAUUAGAGGACGGUCUUGUAUUAUCAAGGUGUCUUGGUGAGGCUUUGUUGAACAAUAGGAGCCAAGAAAUUAGAGAUGAAGGUGAACAAGGAAAAGAGGAAUAUAAAAUGAUUGAAAGAGGGUUGAAUAAGUAUGCCAGUGAGAGGAGAUGGAGAAGUUUUGAUCUUAUUAGUACAGCUUAUGUGGUUGGUUUUUUACAGGAGGCUGAUGGAAAAAUAAUGACUUUCUUGAGGGACAAGUUUUUCUCUCAAAUCCUGGCCGGGUUGCUGUUGAAGAAGGCUGAUUAUGAUUGUGGUAAGCUCAGAAGCUUUUAACUGCAAUGAGCAAUGAUACAUCCUCUGUAUAAUGUUUAUCAAGAUUGCAAGUAUUAUUAUAUAUCUGUCAUAUUUGUAAUUCUAAUAAUCCUAUGUAAUAUG